AUGUCCUGGCAGGUGGGUAUUCAACCUUGUUCUCAACAUCACCCUCCCCCUAAUAGAGAGAGAGAGAGAGAGAGAGAGAGAAAGAAAGAAAGAAAGAAAGAAAGAAAGAAAGAAAGAGAGAGAGAGAGAGAGAGAGAGAGAAAGAAAGAAAGAAAGAAAGAAAGAGAGAGAGAGAGAGAGAGAGAGAGAAAGAAAGAAAGAAAGAAAGAAAGAAAGAAAGAAAGAGAGAGAGAGAGAGAGAGAGAGAGAAAGAAAGAAAGAAAGAAAGAAAGAAAG